ACUCACAGUAGUUCACAUAGAGCGUGCUGGUGUGUCAUCGUGGUGCAGAGAGGCAGCAAUACGCGGUGAGUAAUGUCGGCCUUGUUGCUUGAUGUCAGGACUGCUAUAGAGAGGAUGAAGGCGGACGCGGAUUCCCUCUGACCGUGGCAUCCUACAUGCAUUGUCUAAAGUUUGCCCAUUGUCAACAUGGCAGAGCAAUGGACCGCAGUGCCCACUUCUAAUAUGGCGGCGCUGAACCGGGCUAGCUCAUUGACUGUUAUAUUCUUAAUUGUCAGCAGUUGUCUGAUCAGUAGCAUUGAUGGCAAAGACGCGCCAGAAGAAACUGUCAUCAUUGGCCUCCGGCUCGAGGACACCGACGAGGUGUCGUUUAUGGACAGAGGCUUUUUGCGCGUCAGCGAGCGCUCUCGUGUCAGGUUAAGGGUCUAUGGGCAAAACAUCAACAACGAGACGUGGUCCAAACUCGCCUUUACGGAACACAGCAUCGGCAGCGCAUCUGCGGAGAGCCAGAGCCUCAGAGACGCACCUGCCUCGCAUCCCUGCGGCAUCCGAUCCUCCGAUAUCAUCAUCCUUCCCAACGUGGAGGUAAACAGAAAGACAUCUGGGAUUAUUGAAAUAGAGGUGAAACCUCUGCGAAAAACUGAGAAGAGCAAAGUGUAUUACCUGUGCAUUGCCACCGCCACACCUGGCACGCAGGACGCGUGGUCCGAGAGCACCUGGAUCUAUCACGAGGGGCAUGACACUAAAGUGAUCGUGGUGGAGGAGAAGAAGUUCCUGCUGCCUUUCUGGCUGCAGGUGAUUUUUAUUGCCAUGUUGUUGGGUUUGUCUGGCAUGUUCAGCGGGCUGAAUCUGGGACUGAUGGCGCUGGAUCCCAUGGAGCUCCGGAUUGUCCAGAACUGCGGGACUGAGAAGGAGAAGAAUUACGCGAAGAAGAUCGAGCCAGUUCGAAGCCAAGGAAACUACCUUCUGUGCUCUUUGCUACUGGGAAAUGUCUUGGUCAAUACCACUUUGACUAUCCUGCUCGAUGACAUCGCAGGAUCAGGGCUGAUCGCUGUAGUGGUGUCCACUAUAGGGAUCGUGAUUUUUGGGGAAAUCGUGCCACAAGCAAUCUGCUCCAGGCAUGGGCUCGCCGUGGGCGCAAACACUAUACUCCUGACUAAAUUCUUUAUGAUCCUCACUUUCCCUGCAUCAUAUCCCGUCAGUAAACUCCUGGACCACGUGCUGGGGCAGGAGAUCGGCACUGUGUACAACAGGGAGAAGCUUCUGGAGAUGCUCAGGGUGACAGAUCCGUAUAAUGACCUGGUGAAAGAGGAGCUCAACAUCAUCCAGGGCGCUCUGGAGCUCAGGACUAAAACUGUGGAGGAUGUCAUGACGCCUUUGCGAGACUGCUUCAUGAUUGCCGCUGAUGCCAUCCUGGACUUCAACACCAUGUCUGAGAUCAUGGAGAGCGGCUACACGCGAAUACCUGUGUGUGAGGGCGAGAGAUGUCAUAUUGUGGACUUGCUGUUUGUCAAGGACUUGGCCUUUGUGGAUCCAGAUGACUGCACGCCGUUGAAAACCAUCACCAAGUUCUACAGCCACCCUCUGCAUUUUGUCUUCAAUGAUACAAAGCUGGAUGCCAUGCUCGAGGAGUUUAAAAAAGGGCUUUGGGGGAAAUUCUUUAUGAUCCUCACUUUCCCUGCAUCAUAUCCCGUCAGUAAACUCCUGGACCACGUGCUGGGGCAGGAGAUCGGCACUGUGUACAACAGGGAGAAGCUUCUGGAGAUGCUCAGGGUGACAGAUCCGUAUAAUGACCUGGUGAAAGAGGAGCUCAACAUCAUCCAGGGCGCUCUGGAGCUCAGGACUAAAACUGUGGAGGAUGUCAUGACGCCUUUGCGAGACUGCUUCAUGAUUGCCGCUGAUGCCAUCCUGGACUUCAACACCAUGUCUGAGAUCAUGGAGAGCGGCUACACGCGAAUACCUGUGUGUGAGGGCGAGAGAUGUCAUAUUGUGGACUUGCUGUUUGUCAAGGACUUGGCCUUUGUGGAUCCAGACGAUUGCACGCCGUUGAAAACCAUCACCAAGUUCUACAGCCACCCUCUGCAUUUUGUCUUCAAUGAUACAAAGCUGGAUGCCAUGCUCGAGGAGUUUAAAAAAGGUAAAUCCCAUCUGGCCAUUGUCCAAAGAGUGAAUAAUGAAGGAGAGGGAGACCCAUUCUAUGAGGUCCUGGGCAUCGUCACGCUAGAAGACGUCAUUGAGGAAAUCAUCAAAUCUGAGAUUCUUGAUGAGACUGACUUGUACACUGACAACAAGACGAAAAAGAGGAUAGCUCACAGAGAGAGGAAACAGGACUUCUCUGCUUUCAAACCCACAGAUAAUGAGUUGAGCGUGAAAAUAUCACCACAGCUUCUUCUGGCCGCACUGCGUUUCCUGGCAACUGAGGUGGAGUCAUUCAGUACGGCUCAAAUGUCAGAGAAAAUCCUCCUGCGCUUGCUGAAACAUCCUAACGUCAUCCAGGAGCUCAAAUAUGAUGACAAGAACAAGAAAAUGUCAGAGCACUACCUCUUUCACCGCAACAAGCCUGUGGACUACUUCAUCCUCAUCUUGCAGGGGAAGGUGGAGGUUGAGGCUGGAAAGGAGGGGAUGAAGUUUGAAGCUGGUGCCUUCUCUUUUUAUGGAGUGCUGGCUUUAACCUCUUCACCAGUUCCUCUCUCCUUGUCUCGAACCUUUGUUGUGAGCAGGGCAGAAUCGCUGGCAGGAUCUCCAGAAAAUAAGUCACCUCCACGACCGUUCGGACUCAACCACUCGGACUCCCUGAACAGGAGUGACCGGAUGGAGGCGGUCACUCCCACGCUGGGCAGCAGCAACAACCAGCUCAACUCCUUCCUGCAGGUCUACGUGCCAGACUACUCCGUGAGAGCCGCCGCUGACCUGCUCUACAUCAAGGUCUGA